AUGACGACACAAGUGAAGGAGCAAAAGAAAAAUUUUAUCGGGCACGGGAGAAUCCCGAUUGUGACGAAACGGUGGGACACAAUAAAGGGAGUGGUCUUUCUAUCUAGGCGCACCUACCGAGAGGUAGCGUUCUGUCAGCGAAGUAUUCGUAUAUUAACAAAACUCAGUGUUACAGGUGCAAGCGUUGUGGAACCUACCGAUUCCACCGGGCCUCACCGCUUACGAAGAAUGCAAGGGAUUUUCAGGAUACCUACACACAACGUGGUUCGACGGGCCGUCGUGAAGUUGGGAAUCGUAGACAUCCGAGCCACUGAUACCUCAUCAAGCCAUAAUCGCUUGAAUGUCCUACUUGGAGUAGACCAUCUAGACGUCCGUACAGUAAUAGAGAAGCUGAAAUACAUCGAUUCAGAAGCCCAGUGUACGCUGCAGUGGAUACGGAAGAACCCCAAUAAAAAACAUCUUAAGAAGCGAGGCCGCGAGCGCAGAGAAAAUAUUGAGGCGUGCAUGAAGAGGCGGAACCACUGUUAA